UUGGUGAGCGGUUGAGAGGACGAGUGAGUAAACUGGGAAUAUAGCACUUGCAAUGCCAGUGUGUUUAAAAGUAAAGGGAUUACUCCAACAAGAAAACUCGUUGCUGGCUGCGCUUGCUUUGGGUUAUUGAAUAUGGUUGACCCAGCGUGUUAUAUAUUUGUUUUCUAGCGUUGUUGUCACUAUGAUGAGUUCCACUGGAUACUUUGACGGAGAAGAAACGGGCGAGAGGGAAUUUGUUUCAAAACCCUAGCCGAAAACUCGCCAGCUGCACACAGGAAUGAGGAUUUAAUACAGCCAGUGUUUGCGUUCAACGCAGUACCAGAGAAAGACAAGUAAUCAAGUAUACCCACCGCAUCCCAGGCAUCUCUGAGCGCCAGCCUUAACUUUGAUCGAAGAAACUGCAGAAGCAAUCAUGUUGGAAAGGAAAUGUUUAUCUCAUGCUGUCUUAGUUACCUGUUUGGUUUUGGAAUUAUUCAUUCAGAAUGGUAAAGGUCUUAGUAUUUGCAUGAGUGGCAGUGCUACAUCCUGUGAAGAAUGUCUUCUCAUCCACCCAGUCUGUGCCUGGUGUGCCCAAGAGGAAUUCGGCAGUAGCAGGACAAUCACUUCAAGAUGCGACUACAGGGAAAGCCUGUUGAAGAGGGGCUGUGAGAAGCACUUUAUCCACAGUCCUGGCAGCAGCAUGGCGGUGCUCAGGAAUAAGCCUUUAAGUUCUAAGGGCUCCGCUCCCACCCAGUACGAUGUUAUUCAGAUAAUGCCUCAGAAGAUUGCUCUCAGCCUGAGACCCGGUGACCAGACCUCUUUUGGGGUGCAGGUGCGGCAGGUGGAGGACUAUCCCGUGGAUCUCUACUACCUGAUGGACCUUUCCCUCUCCAUGAAGGACGACCUGGACACUAUCCGCAACUUGGGCACCAAACUGGCGGAAGAAAUGAAAAAACUCACCAGCAAUUUCCGUCUGGGCUUUGGCUCGUUCGUGGACAAAAAUAUAUCACCGUUCUCCUACACAGCGGCAAAGUAUCAGAACAACCCCUGCAACGGAUACAAGCUGUUCCCCAACUGCGUCCCUUCUUUUGGGUUCCGCCACCUCCUCUCCCUGACUGACAAAGUGGACCGGUUCAACGAGGAAGUGCAGAAGCAGCUGGUGUCUCGGAACAGGGAUGCGCCAGAGGGGGGGUUCGACGCCAUCCUGCAGGCCGCAGUGUGCAAGGAUGAGAUUGGCUGGAGGAAGGAGGCGUUCCACUUGCUGGUCUUCACCACGGAUGACGUUCCACACCUCGCGCUGGACGGCAGGCUGGGCGGAGUGGUCCAGCCGCACGACGGGCAGUGUCACCUGAACGAGAAGAACGAGUACAGCGGCUCCGCAAAGAUGGAUUAUCCAUCACUUGCACUCCUGGGGGAAAAACUGGCAGAAAACAACAUCUAUCUCAUCUUCGCUGUGACAAAAAGGCUCUAUGUGAUUUACAAGAACUUUACUGCACUGAUACCAGGGACAACUGUGGAAAUUCUUGACCAGGACUCCAAGAACAUUAUCCAGCUGAUCAUCAAUGCCUAUAAUAGUAUCCGUUCUAAAGUGGAGUUGACGGUCUGGGAUCACCCGGAAGACAUUAACCUGUCCUUCACAGCCAUCUGUCAGGAUGGCCGGCCACGCCCAGGGCUCAGGAAGUGCGGGGACCUCAAAAUCGGGGACACUGUCUCUUUCAAUGUGACUGUGGAUGCAAGGGGCUGCCCUGCUGAGGAUACCAGGCACAAGUUCACCAUCAAACCUGUCGGAUUUAAGGAUACUUUGGAGGUCACUGUCAACUACAAGUGUACGUGCGGAUGCACCAAGGAGACAGAGAGCAACAGCACCAAGUGCAGCAGCAUCGGCACCUACCAGUGUGGCAUCUGCAGCUGUGAUCCUGGGUACCUGGGAGCCCGGUGCGAGUGCCAGGAGGGGGAGGACAGCAUGUACCAGACCAUGUGCCGGGAGGCCGAGGGGAAGCAGCUCUGCAGUGGCAGGGGGGAGUGCAGCUGCAAUCAGUGCCUCUGCUAUGAGAGCGAGUUUGGGAAGAUAUACGGGACGUUCUGUGAGUGCGACGACUUCUCCUGUGCCCGGCACAAAGGCAUUCUCUGCUCAGGUCAUGGGGAAUGCCACUGUGGAGAAUGCAAGUGUCACGCCGGCUAUAUCGGAGACAACUGUAUCUGCUCGACAGAAACAGAUACAUGUCUCUCCAUUGACGGUCAGAUCUGCAGCGGCCGGGGGAACUGUGUCUGCGGGGAAUGCCAGUGCAGCGAGCCGGGAGCUUUCGGGGACACCUGCGAAAAAUGCCCUACCUGCCCUGACGCCUGUGGCACAAAGAGGGAGUGCAUUGAGUGCAGGCUGUUUAACUCAGGAAGGCUUGCCGACAACCAGACCUGUGACAGACUCUGCACGGAUGAGAUCAUCACAGUUGACACGCUCAAUACAGAUGACCAGAAUGCAGUUCUGUGCCUGUAUAAAACUGAGAACGAUUGUGUGAUGACGUUUACGUACUCGGAACACGCCAGUGGCCAGUCAGUCCUCGCUGCACUCAAGGAGCCUGAGUGCGGCACUCCUCCGGACGCGCUCACGGUGCUCCUGGCCGUCGUCGGCAGCAUCCUGCUGGUCGGCAUCGUGCUGCUGGCGAUUUGGAAGCUCGUCAUCACUGUCCACGACAGACGGGAAUUUGCCAGGUUCCAGAGCGCCCGUUCCAGAGCCAGAUACGAGAUGGCAUCCAAUCCCCUGUACAAGCAGCCUAUCUCUAGCCAUGCAAUGGAGACUGUGUUUAACAUGCAGAACAAGACAUACAAUGGCACGGUCCACUGAUCUGCUGAAGAAAUCAAGAUGUACCACAGUGAGGACCAGAGUGGUGCAGACAGUGACCCAGAUGCAAUAUUGACUGGAAGAUGUAUUCAUCUGUGAGGGGAAUAAAAUAGCAAAACUACAUUCUUUGAUGUCUAAGGAAUUAAAACAUGAUGGCGUUUUUAAAAUAUCCAGUGGUGCGUGCUGUGCAGUUGAGGGUGCAAAACCAAACUGAUGACUUUUUUUUUUUUAUUAUCACUUAAUCUGGAGAGGAACAUAUUUAACCCUUUAUUUGCUGUGCCAUAUUGUAACAUUCUGAUGUAGUCUGGGUUGCAGACAGGGUUGCAGGAGCUGAACAUUCAGACAGUGCAAUCCCUGACACAACACAUUCUUUUGCAUGGGGGCGGAGGGGAGUGUGGAACAGAAGGCUUUCAGGAAGCAUUUUGUAUACAUUUGACCUGUUUAUUUGACUUGAAAGGAAUUACAUGCCUAAUUAUCUUGGUACAGCAGCUUGCCCAUUCUGCUGCGUAAACUAUGUAAAAUGACUUCUAACAUUAUUAGCAAUGAACAGAAUGUUGUUUAUUAUAUGCAUUAUACAGUAUAUUUUAACUUUGGGAAUGCAUUCCCAUGCAACAGCAACAAGACUGUGCAUUUUUCUAGAAUAGCAAAUAAUUGUAUAUUGAUUUUUAUGCAUUGAUAUCCCUAAUAUUCUAUGGAAUUAUGAAAAAAAAAAAGUGCUGAUUUACAUCAGCGUUUUGGUACUAAUGUCAAAUGUAUUUGUUCUUUUAUGUUUUGCACACAAGAAAUAUUGGCUAAUUGCCAUGUAUAAUUGGCUUUGGUUUUAUGAUUACCUCUGCAUUAUGAUGUUGCCUUAUUUCAGUCUGGUAAUUCUUACCAUGUAGUGUUUGUAACUGUGUGUGCAAAAGAAAUCUAGGUUAGCGGUAUACUCUGAAGGUGAAGGCUGGCAUUUCCUGAUUGUUUUAGUUAAAGGUGUUAGAGCGUUAGUUUCUUAGACUGAUUCUGCCCCCUAUUCCCCUCACUACCCAAGAUAAUAAAAUGCAGUAGAUAGCAGAUAUCUGGAGUUAAACUGUUGUUAAAUAAAAUUUGGAAGGAC